CGGUCGCUCCCAUCUCUCGCCUCGGGACGUUUACGAGCCUCUUCGGAGACGCGGCGAGAGAAAAGGAAGUGGGGCGCGCGCGCCGGUACAGCCGAAGGGCCGACCGCGAGCUCUGACAUAGAAGGGCGGAGGGGGCGUCACGUCGCGCCGCGCCACGCCACGCCACGCCACAGAGGAGCGACAGUUCUACCGGAGAAGGCAGGAGGGUGAAGCGACGGGGAUCGGGAAGACAUGGCCUACGCGUAUCUCUUCAAGUAUAUCAUAAUCGGGGACACAGGUGUUGGAAAAUCAUGUUUGUUGUUGCAGUUUACAGACAAAAGGUUUCAACCAGUUCAUGACCUUACUAUAGGUGUAGAAUUUGGUGCUCGAAUGAUAACCAUUGACGGGAAGCAGAUAAAACUUCAGAUAUGGGAUACAGCUGGGCAGGAGUCCUUCCGUUCCAUCACAAGGUCAUACUACAGAGGGGCAGCAGGUGCCUUACUAGUGUAUGACAUUACAAGGAGGGAUACUUUCAACCAUUUGACAACAUGGUUAGAAGAUGCCCGCCAGCAUUCUAAUUCCAAUAUGGUUAUUAUGCUAAUUGGAAAUAAAAGUGAUUUAGAGUCUAGAAGAGAAGUGAAAAAAGAAGAAGGCGAAGCAUUUGCAAGAGAGCAUGGCCUUAUCUUUAUGGAGACAUCUGCCAAAACUGCUUCAAAUGUAGAAGAGGUAAUUUUGAGUAUCUUUUAAUAUAUUAGAUUAAGU